GAGCAAGAUGGCGGCCUCCAGAGGCGGAAAUGUAGGCAGCAGCUCCCGGGGUAAAACCGGCGGGGACGGUGGCUGGUUUGGGACACUCGCGGUCGGGGUGUCUCUCCUGAAAUGUCUCCUGAUACAGACCUAUCAUUCCACCGACUUUGAAGUUCACAGGAACUGGCUGGCGAUCACCCACAGUCUGCCCGUUUCCCGGUGGUACUAUGAGGCGACCUCUGAGUGGACGCUCGACUACCCUCCGUUCUUCGCGUGGUUUGAGUGUUUACUCUCCUACGUGGCCCGGUAUGCUGACCCGGAGAUGCUUAAGGUGCAGAACUUGAACUACGCGAGUCAAGCUACCGUCCUCUUCCAGAGGUUCUCCGUCAUCGUCAGCGACUUCCUCUUCAUCUACGCAGCCAAACAAUGCUGCGUUUGCGUGGACGGGAGGAGCGAUCGCAGAGACGUCCUGGAGAAGCCGCCGUUCGUUUUGGCCGCCCUGCUGCUCUGGAACUUCGGGCUGUUAAUCGUCGAUCACGUUCACUUCCAGUACAAUGGCUUCCUGUCCGGGAUCCUGCUCCUCUCCGUCGCGCGCAUGUUUCAAAAUCGCUACGCGGAAAGCGCCUUCCUUUUCGCCGUUCUUCUGAAUUUCAAGCACAUCUACCUCUACGUCGCCCCGGCGUACGGCAUUUAUCUGCUGCGGUGCUACUGCUUCACGGGGAAUAAUCCUGACGGCUCUUUACGCUGGAGAAGUCUCAGUCCCUCGCGUUUCCUCCUCCUGGCGCUUAUCGUCUCCUUCGUGUUCGCCGUUUCCUUUGGACCUUUUGCGUACAUGGGUCAAAUCCCUCAAGUUCUGUCCCGACUCUUCCCUUUUAAAAGAGGUCUUUGCCAUGCGUAUUGGGCUCCGAAUUUCUGGGCGUUGUACAACGUGGCAGACAAAGCGCUUUCUAUUAUCGGUGUGAGGUUUCAUCUGCUUGAUCCAUCCGAUAUCCGCGCCGGUUCCAUGACCGGGGGUCUGGUUCAGGAAUUUGAGCACAAUGUCCUCCCCUCCGUCACGCCGCUGGCAACGUUACUGUGCACCUUCAUCUCCAUACUGCCGGCCGUCUUCUGCUUGUGGUUUAACCCCCGGGGUCCGCGAGGCUUCCUCCGCUGCCUGGUUGUGUGCGCGCUCGGCUCUUUCAUGUUCGGUUGGCACGUGCACGAGAAAGCCAUCCUCUUGGCCGUACUUCCACUAAGCAUCUUGUCUGUGUUGAGUGUAAAGGAUGCUGGGAUAUUUCUGCUUUUGGCCACCACAGGACAUUACUCUCUCUUCCCCUUACUCUUUACAGCCCAAGAACUUCCAUUGAAGAUUUUGCUGAUGCUGAUCUUCACCGUGUUCAGCGGGUCCUUCCUGAAGUCCUUGUUCAGGAAGGAAGGUCCUCUCCUCACUUGGCCGGAGACGCUCUAUCUCUGUGGCUUGGUGCCCCUGGAGGUCUUCUGUGAGAUGCUCUUCCCGCUGACGCCGUGGGGGCUGCGGCUGCCGUUUCUGCCGCUGAUGCUGACCUCUGUGUAUUGCGCCCUGGGGGUCUCCUACGCCUGGAUCAGACUUUACAUUUCCGUCUUCGCCGCGCCUUCCCCCACCAGAAAGAAAAAUCUGUAGAAACUGCGACCGCCGCUGAUAUGGUUAUUUCUCACAACAACAAAAUCUGUAACCAAAAUUUAUUUUUAUACAGUUUUUCACAGAAGAA